AUGUUAACAGGAACAAAUGAUGCAGCAUUAUUCGAUAGUGUAUCACGAAUUGGAUUGAAUAGAACUUUGUUCACUUGUCCAAUAACACUUGAUAUUAUGGAAAAUCCAGUAACAACAACACCUUGUGGUCAUAUGUUUGAUAUGGAUGCUAUCAACGAAUAUUUAACAGUUAACAACACCUGUCCAGUAUGUCGAACAGUUGUGGCAGGUAUUACGUCAAACCAUGCAUUCAAGAACGUUAUUGAAGCCUGGUUAGCUGAGCAGAUCUAA